CCUCCGGCACCUCCCCACCUUCCUGGCACCUUUUGCACCUCGUAUGACAAGCAUGAAAUGGAAUGGCUUCAUGGGGCACAAUUUAUUAUCAUCCACACCUGGCGAUACGUCCAGAUUGACUAUCUGCCCCACAAGCUGCCAAUUCAUAGCGUCUUUCCUCAUCGUCUGCGUUGGAAUUCUCACCCUGAAAGACAGCCGGAGUCGCUUCAAAAGCCUCCUAGGUCACGAUGGCAUGGUGGUGGUAACCCUACAUUAUAAUCAGUCUAGAUACGGGUUUGUGCCUGCGCCCAGGGUGUAAGAGGUGCACAGGCACGGGGUUCCGUUAUAGAGUAUGCCUCCUCACUUCUAAGUUGAUAGCUUCCUGUCAUUUUGUCCUCAUAGUGUCACCAGCUUCAACUUGAAUAAUUGCUGAACUCUUUUUUCAAGUCUACGUGGCUGGCUACUACAGAAUCACCACAUCGCAUCGCAAAAUCGCAACAUCCUUGACGAUGGGCAUAGAAAUGCCAUUGGGGCUGACGCCUCAAGUUUUGUCUCUGUUUAUUGGCAGCGGAAUGGUUCUUCUCAUCCUCUUCUACAGAUGGGCUCUGCCAAAACCAAUCCCGGGUAUUCCAUAUAACAAGAAGGCAGCGAAUUCCAUCUUUGGAGAUGUCGGUGCGUUAGUUGAGGCGACCAGCAAGACCAAGGAAAUGUUUGCCUGGAUGAUGCAACAGAAUGUCAAUUUGGAUUCGCCAAUCAUUCAGCUCUUCACGCGUCCAUUUGGCAAGCCUUUGGUGGUUAUCGCAGAUUUCCGAGAAGCACAGGAUAUUAUGGUGCGACGAACGAAGGAGUUCGACCGAUCCAAGUUUUUUGGCGAAGUUUCUGGUGCCAUUUCUCCCAAGAGUCAUUUUUGCAUGUCGACAGGUAGCGAGUUUAGACAACACCGCAAAUGGCUCCAAGGAGUCAUGGGCAUGGGCUUUUUGCACCAGACUGCCGCACCGCAUAUCUAUGCAGCUGGUCUCGACCUCAUACAACUAUGGGAACAGAAAGCACGACUUGCUAAAGGGCACCCAUUUGUAGCAGCCGACGAUUUGUAUCGCACAGCCAUGGAUGCGGUCUGGUCAAUUGUCUUUGGAGCCGACAUAGAUAAUAGCACAACCAAGGCCCAGCUGAAGUUAUACUCAACCAUCAAGUCAAUUCAACUGAAGAAUGACCUGGAUUCCCCAGUAGACCUUCCAUCAGCACCGUAUCCAGCAGCUGUGCAAUCUAUCCUUACACUCACCGAUAGUGUGGAGACCAGCAUCAAGUCCCCAGUGCCAGUUCUCGCUCAUUGGUUCUUGAGGCAAACGUCCACGAUGAAGAAAGCGUAUAAAGACAAAGAUCAGGUCAUUGGAGAUGAGAUCAAUAAGGCCGUCAAAAGAGCUACUAGCAAGGAUCCCAACGAGAAAACCAUUACCUGUGCGAUUGACGACUUCGUGCAGAGAGAAUUUCUCUUGGCUCAAAAAGAAAACCGGCAGCCAGAAGCUGACGGACGGGGAAUGUAUGACGAGGUAAGUGCCCAAGAUCCCACUUGGCUGCAAUUCAAAGGACCAUAAGCUAACCGGCAUCCCCUAGAUCCUUGGAUUCAUUAUGGGAGCCCAUGAUACCACCGCAACGGCGAUUGCCUGGGCACUGAAAAAUCUAGCCGAUAAUCCUGACGUGCAAACCAAACUUCGCUCUGAGCUUCGUGCACACCACCAUGAAGCCACAGCCGAGAAGCGCUUACCGACAUUCCAAGAGAUCAACGAGUCACAAGUGCACUACCGAGAUGCAGUAAUUGAAGAAAUCCUACGUUGUUCUUUAGCAGAAGCUGCCAACGUCCGUACAGCUCUAUGUGACGCCGAGGUCCUGGGACACCGUAUCCCCAAGGGCACAGAGGUUUUCCUCCUCGGCAACGGGCCCAGUAUCUUCGCUCCCGCAUUCAAUAUCGACGAAUCUCUACGCACAAAAUCAGGCAUCGAGGCCAAAGACAAAGUUGGCACCUGGAAGCACGAAGGUAUAGCGGACUUUGAUCCCGAGCGGUGGAUGGAAGAAGACAAAGCUGCCGGACAAAAGGUUUUCAACUCGGCGGCGGGACCGCAUCUUACCUUUGGUCUGGGAGAACGAGGAUGCUACGGACGCAGAAUGGCCUAUGUUGAGAUCAAGCUGCUGCUUACGCAGAUUGUGUGGACUUUUGAGUUGUAUAAAUGUCCUGAGACGCUGAGCAGCUAUGCGGCGAUUGAUAAGAUGACUCAUGUUCCGCAGCAGUGCUAUAUUAAGCCUGUGAAGCUUGUGUGGUAGUAGAUUUCUUCUUGUUUAAAAAUAUAAUCUUUCU